AUGGAGUGGAAUAGCUUUACGGGAAGCUUAUGGACCAACAAGUUCAUCCGAACCGAGCGUCCCAGCGACCCCUUGGCUCUGGUGGAUCCCAAUGAGCAAAUAGCUGAGCCUGCGAAGCCGGAGGAGCCUCGAUGGGGCGACCAUGAGCGGCAGUCUAAGAUCCCCUUUAAGAUCUUGAGAGGACAUAAUCAUGUCGUGAGCUCCUGCCAUUUCUGCUUUGAGGACACUAGGAUUCUCUCUGGUUCCUACGACAAAACUGUGAAAAUUUGGGAUGCUGCCACAGGAGUUAAUAUUCAUGAUUUUGAAAACAGUCAUACAGCUCCUAUUUCAGAAUGCAGUCUGACAGCAGAUAGCAAGAGAGUUGUUACAUCAUCCUAUGACAAAACAUUAAAGGCUUGGGAUAUGGAAAGAGGACAGGUUCUGUGGUCUUUCAACCAUGAAAGCAUUAUACUUUCAUGUAAAAUUUCUUAUGAUGGCAGAUAUGUGGUCUGUGGUUUGGAUGUAGAAAAUGCAAUCUGUGUCAUUGAUGCAAAUAAUGGUAAAAUCAUCACAUAUGUCAAAGAUCACCAUGAUAGACCAGUGACAGCUUGCUGUUUUAAUCCUGACAACCUUCGAGUGGCUUCAGGGUCAUCAGAUAUGAACGUGAAGAUUUGGGAUGUAUCAGCUCAAGCCACACUUCUAACAAUUCAUGAAGCACAUUCCAAUGUUAUUGCAGAUUGCUGUUUUACCUUCAGUGGUCAUUUCUUGUGUACAGCAGCUUGGGACAAAACCUUAAAAAUCUGGGAUGUAAAUGCAGGAGGGUUUCGGAGUGAGGGAGCCUGUGUAACUCUGAUGGAAGGUCAUGAAGGUUCUGUCAGUUCUUGUCUUUUUACCAGAGAUGCCUCACUUAUUGUGUCUGGAGCAUAUGACAAAAUGGUAACUGUCUGGGAUGUGGCCGGAGGAUAUAAAAAAUGUACAUUAAAGGGACAUGAAGACUGGGUGAUGGAUGUUGCAAUUAGCAACAACAGAAAAUGGGUUAUUUCUGCUUCAAAGGACACUACCAUAAGACUGUGGAACAUUGAAAAGGCUGAUCAAAUUCCUAUGUUGAUAGAAUACAGAAAAGUCCAUGGUUUACAAAUAAUGCAGUGUGAAAAAUGUGAAAAGCCUUUCUCCCUUCUACAAAUUGAUGAGGAAUUUGAACUGGUACCCAAAUGUGUAUUCUGUCGAUUGACUUCUCCUUCAAGAUAUGCCUUGCCAGCGCCACCUGAAUUUGGUGAUGAUGAGAAAGAUAUCCUGAAGAAAUUGAAGAUGUGA